AUGUGCAUUGCACCCCACCGUCGCCCCGCAACUUCCAGCCUCGGACCAGCAGCAAGUCUUCAGAGUCAAUUGGCUGUCAAGGCUGACUUUACGGUCGCACAAAAUAAGAACCUUUCCGCGGCAUAUCCAAAGGCUGCUGCUCCUUCUUCUCAACGAAGAAAGGCAAGCCGAUCUGAAAGACACCACAUCACUGUGCAACAUAAUUACCAUGACCAUUCCAAAGAUGUCUGCUGCGAAAGCAGACGCCUUCCCGCUCGAGGAGGCGUGGUCACUCCCUUUCCACUCAAGCUCCACUCCAUGCUCGAAGCAGUUCAGAGCGAAGGACUCGAGCACAUUGUCUCGUGGCAACCACACGGGCGAUGCUUUGUGGUCCACGAUGCCAAGAAGUUUGUUGCCAUCCUGGAACAGCAUUUCAAGAUUUCCAAGGUCUCUUCCUUUCAACGCCAACUGAACUUGUAUGGCUUCCAACGUCUUACCAAGGGCCAAGAUAAGGGAGGAUACUACCAUGAACUAUUCCUUCGUGGAAAGAUCUUUCUUUCUCAAAACAUUCAACGAAUCAAGGUCAAGGGAACCAAGAUUCGCGCACGAUCCAACCCAGAUCAAGAACCCAACUUUUAUUCCAUGCCAUGGGUCAUGGAUGGAUCCGAGGAUAAGAACGAAACAGUCAACCAUGACUAUUUCACUUCUCCAAUGAUCUCCUCAUCUACCAUCGUCUCCCCUCCUGCAUCUGUGAGCUCCGACGAGCAACCCAUGCAGGAUGCCUUGGAUUCGCUCAUUGACAUUUCUCCUGAGCUUUGGGAGGUUCUUCCAGAAGGAACUCCAUUGGAAAAGGUCUCAACUUGCUUCUGGGACGAUAAUACUGCUGAUCCUCUAUCUGUUUCGGGAGAUGAUGCUGUUGAAGCCUUUUUGGAAGAUUUCGACUUUCCUUCUGAUGCUGAAGCCUUCAAGAACAUUGAAGACGACAAUGUCUUUGGCGAGCUGUUGGAGCAAAUGAUUGCUUCUUGA